CAGUCCUUGCAGAAACAUUCUGAAGAGACGCAAACAUGCUCAGGAUUCUGUUGUUGACAUGUCUUGCUGCCUUCGUGGCGGCUCAGGAGCAGCCCAGGUACCUGGAGGACAGCCUGGAGAGAGUGGUGGGAGGUCAGGUUUCCAGCCCCAACGCCUGGCCCUGGCAGAUCUCUCUUCAGUACCAAUCUAGCGGCAAUUGGUACCACACCUGUGGAGGUAGCCUGAUCCGUACAGGUUGGGUGAUGACUGCUGCUCACUGUGUGGACAGCCCAAGGACAUUCCGUGUUGUUCUUGGUGAACAUGACCUGAACUCCAACAGUGGAAGGGAGCAGGUGAUCAGCGUCAGCCAGAUCUACGUCCACGCCAACUGGAAUUCAAACAGUGUUGCUAGUGGAUAUGACAUUGCUCUGCUGAAACUCUCCUCUAACGCCGUCCUGAACUCUUACGUCCAGCUUGCCUCUCUGCCCCCCUCUGGACAGGUCCUCCCUCACAACAACCCCUGCUACAUCACUGGAUGGGGACGCACCUCCACUGGUGGUAGCCUGUCUGCUCAGCUGAAGCAGGCCUACCUUCCUGUGGUGGACCACAAGACCUGCUCCAGCAGCAGCUGGUGGGGUAGCACCGUCAAGACCACUAUGGUGUGCGGUGGAGGUGGUAGUGACUCUGGAUGCAAUGGAGAUUCUGGCGGCCCUCUUAACUGCCAGGUUAGCGGCAAGUACUACGUCCAUGGAGUCACAAGCUUCGUGUCCGCUUGGGGUUGCAACUAUCCUCAGAAGCCCACGGUCUUCACCCGUGUGUCUGCUUACAUCGACUGGAUUAACUCAGUAAGUAGAAAGCACUAA